UCGUGGUGUGAUCCUAACGAUGCCCUCGCGUCUUCCGAGGCGCGUGCGAUGAUUUGGUAUCUCCCCUCAGGCGAGGUGGUGCUGAACGAGGAGACUGUCUUCAAGCCGCCUCUGCCGGGGCCGCCCGUCUUCGUGCACCUCUCCAGCGCGGGCCUGCGGGCGCAGCUGGCCGAGGCUCUGGACGGCGGCCUGACCCUGCGGCUGCAGGCCGCUGCCGCCGCCCGCGGGGUGCGGCUGAGGUGCCACCCGAGCUGCGAGGCGCCGCGGUACGAGGCCGGGCCGCUCGAGGCCCACGGCGCGUCCGCGGAGGGCGGCGCGGGCGCGGGCGGCCUGGCCGUGGGGCUGACGGUGGAGGUCGAGGGCGCGGGCGCGCGUGCGGGCUGGCUGGAGAAGGAGGUGCACUUCGUGCCCCGGCUCUCGCAGGCGCCCGCCUUCGUGUGGGCGGAGACCUGCGCCAGAGACCUCCGCGGGGGCGGGGCCGCGGCCGCAGGGGGCGCGAGGGAGGCCGCGGGGCCCGGCGUGGACGCGGUGUGCCAGGUGCGCGCUGGCGGCUUCCGCGCGCGCGGCCCCACAGGGGCGCGGAGGUACGCGUACCAGGCCUUCGCGGAGCACGUCGUCACGGCGCAGGCGCUCGCGGAGCUGGCGCCGUUGUGA